GGUCAUUGCAUUAGAACGGUUACGGAAGAGCUGGUGUUUUAUUGAAAGACCAAGAUAAAGGCUGUUGAAGAUAAGAAUUUCGAUUGGUGCAUCUGAGGACAACCAUGAUGUUGACCACUGCAGCUCUUAUUCUCAUGGUCACCUGUGAUGUUGCUCUAGGACGGGAUCACGAAGUGCCUGUCGAAGGGAUAUUGGAUAUGGCACUGAAUUCAGUUGAUGACCAAUAUGAUGGUUGUUCAAAAAACAUGUCAGACCUGGUGAAGACAAAAUACCUAAAGAAAGAAAUCUCUGCCAACAAAUCAGGCUUUGGAAAAGCUUGGAGAGAUGGUGAAGAAAGAAACCCUGGACCACAAGAUGACUUGACAAGAAACAAUUUUAUUGCUAUUUCUGUGUACACGGGCAGUAAAGUACAUGGUGAAUUCAAUCAUGCUGUUAGGAAUGGUAGACACGCAUACAAAAAACGGACAUUCAAAUGGUACUCGCUUCACUUUUGGUUGACAGAAGCGAUACAGAGUCUAAAGAAAACACAAAAGAAAUGCAAAUUAACAUAUCGUGGUACCAGAGAUAGUUUCGAACAAAGGAAUGUUUUGAAAAAAGAGAUUCGUUUUGGCUCAUUUGCCUCCUCCUCUCUUGAUCAAAAUGUAGUAAAGAGAUUUGGAAAUCUUUCUUGUUUUGAAAUCUAUACUUGUCAUGGUGCUGAUGUGUCAAAAUACUCUGAGCAUCGUCGUGAGAAAGAGGUUCUGAUUCCCCCGUAUGAGAAAUUUAUCAUCACUGAUAUCAGAAAGGGUCAGAAAGGUGACUGGUGUAAGACUGUGUACACGUUAAACAGCUCUGGAAUACAAAGUAACUUAAACUGUGCGGCGGCACCAAUCUAUUCUCAAUAAUAUCACAAAUGUCAUUCUCUCUUGCCAUAUCAGAGGAGGACAAAUUACACGUUUAUCCAGUCCGCAAAACAGUCUUUUAGUUAAAAGUAAACAUGGUGAUAAACAAAUGAGUAGACUCUGAAUGUUGCGUGUUCAACAAAGACACAGCAAACUAUUUCACCAGUAUCAGAGGAAAGGCAGAAUGUCUUAUUUCAUAAGAAAGUAGGAAUUACAAUUUUUACCAACCACAAUCUGCUUUCCUCUGUUUAACACGUUUUCUCGAAGUGAUGUAUAUGUAGAAAGUUAUCUAGCAGUGCACUUGAAAUGAUUAGAUACUCAGAUGACUCAGACUGGACAUAAUUCAUUUGUGCUUUCAUCCCAGAUAGCGAAAAUAAAGUCAUCUAUUAGUAUGCACAAGGGUAGAGAUAAAGAAAACGGUGUCUUUUUUAGUUUUAAACUGUUAUAGCCUAUCAUUUCUUUUUUAAGUGGUGUUUAACCCACUCUUGUACUGUAAGUUGCUUUGGAUAAAAGCAUCCGCUAAAUGUUUCAAUGUGAAGUGUUGCUUUCAUUGUUCAAGCUUUUGAUAUUGAUCUAAU